AUGGAGGAGCACUGGAAGAUGGGGUUCGGAGCAUCUGGAGAGCGGAGAUCCAAGAUCAUCCCUGGCGACAUCGCCCCCCACGUGCUGCCAACCAUGAAGAAAGACUUGGAUCAUGGAGACUGGAGGAAAGCUCUUGAGACCGGAUGUUCGCUUUCCAUCAUUUUGCAUACCAGCAGCCAACUAUCAGAGUUGAUUGCAUUCCAAUUGAUGUUCCAGGAACUCUUUAAAGCAUACUUCCAUGAGAGAACAGCAAGGUUACAUGAAUGCUUAAAGAACAAGGAAUUGAUUGUCGCGAGGGAGAUGUCAGAUAAUCUUCUAGGAGCUUCACAGCUUGCAGAGUACUGCGGAACCCUCAAAAACGUAGCAUACAGGUUUGUCAAAGUUGACAACGAACUUUCGUUGAAAUCACGAGACAACGCGUAUCUUCUUUGGAUUCGCUACAUGAAGAAGAAGAUCAAACGAUACAAUGAUCCAUUUGAUAUCAUGAGCAUGAAUGCAGUCGUCCAAAGGCUGCAGCAAGCCGAACAAGUUCAGCAAGAGGAUCUCCAGCCGAAGUCAAAACGGUACCUGAAUUUGGACUCAAUCCCCGCUGAAGAUUUGGGCACCUUGGUCGGCCUGGACGUCAGGCCAGAGGUCGGCAUGAGAGUUCAGAUAGCCAAGUCAGCUCUGACGGAGUACCCGGAGCUUGCGGAGGACUCUAGCGGAGGCUUCGGUACGAUCACCUGGGUAGAUCCGGAGGAUGCGGACGGAGACGGCGAGACGGGGGACAUAUGCGAGGUCGUGUGGGACAAGACGGGGAAGACGGGAGACUACAGGACAGGGUUCGAGGGAGACUUCCGGCUUAGCGCGGCAGCAGGGUACAGAGUAAGGAACGAGGGACAGGACUACUUGGACGCAUCUGAUGGGUCAGGAGAGAGCUCUCAAGUUGAUGACGAGGUGUCAGUCGGAUCGUCUGAUGGAGAAGGAGUUGCAGGCUUGGCUAUCGCCCGGCACAUCCGCGCGUUCAUUGCUCGACUUGAAUUCUCGAUCGUCAGAGAUUUGAACUUGAUCACUUCGAUCGGCCUGGGAUUCGGACAACCUUUGUUGCAGACUUAUUGCUUGAGGUUGCAAUCUGUCUGUAAAGGCCAUAUCUCUCGUCGCAAGACUUGGGCGAGGUUGUCAGCAGGUCACAUCUUGGAUGUAUGUAUAGACCUUGCUGUGUGGAAAUCAGACGAGAAGUUUCGGAAAGUCGAGAUCUCGAGAGGUAGAUAUCUGAUAAGAAUCAUUCUCCGCUCUUGGUGUAACAUUUGUAAGGAAAAGAAAGCCACUCGAGGAAGAGGAGCAGUCAUUCGAUACAGACAUAGAUCACGUGAAUUGAAUCGUUGGUUCACCGACUGGUUGGACUUUCAUCAAUCCUUCCUUGAAAAAUUGCCAUUGGUGAAAAAUCUGAUGGAUAUUGGUUGGAAAUUUGUGGUAUAUCAAAGACUUACGCAUUACUUCUUCUCCGUUUGGCAUUCAAAUGUCAAUAGGAAGAUGUUUUUAAAGGCAAUGUUUCAAGGGAUAUCUUCCCUCAGCUCAAGGUACAUCCAAAGGAAAUAUUUUGAUGCCAUGAAGGCACAUCUCGAGAAAUACCACAGUACAUUGGCAGCAUUGGAAGUGAUCAGUGGUAGAAAGCUAUCCUUGCAUUGGAUACAAGUCCUGGCGGCCUGGCACGAUUUGGUCUCAAGGUCUCGGGCGAUGAGGAAUGUCUCGUUGACCUUGCUCCGAGCCUGGCAGCAGGGCCUCGUCAGCUCCCAUCUCAAGCAUUGGAGGUACCAUGACUUGCCUGGGCAGCAAACUAUCACCAACGCCGAGAUCUCAACCCUCAAGUUGAAACUCAGAUACGCCAACGUCACUUCCAAGACCAAGGGCUUGCUAGCAAGAUUCAUACAGCCAAAAGCAAGAAGCUUCCUGCCGGAUGUAGCAAGAAAGAGGGUGAAGGAGCACAAGCGUUCAGCCAGCAAGAUGAACACUCUUUUCUUCGAUGACUUGAAGCACGAAAGAAAGAGUUUGAAAAUGAGUUUUGGACGCUGA